CAAGCUAUCAGUUAGGGAGCUAAACAGGAUGAGGUUGGAGAAUGCAAGUCGAAACAAAUUAGAUUCAAAUGAGGCCCAACUCUCAUGCUUGAGCUCGAGCCGAACUCUUGAUCUCUUAUCCACAAGUUUGGUUUCUGAAAACCAAGGUUGAGGGACAUUUGAAAGAACCCAGGAAGCUAUGGCUGUAGACUUAUCUCCCAAGCUAAGCAAGAAGAUCUCUGAGGUAGAUGGUGGAUUUUAUGCUGCUUGGUCGGGUGCAGAUCAACCCGCCCUUAUCGAUUCAAAGGUUGGAGCUGGCAUCCUCGUUUUGAAGCCACUUGGUUUUGCACUCCCUCACUACGCAGAUUCACCGAAAUCCGGCUAUGUCCUUCAAGGUAGAGCAUUAGUUGGAUUAGUAUUGUCAGGAGAUCCUAAAGAAAGGGUACUGCUGUUGAAGAAAGGAGACGUUAUAGCACUACCCUUAGGAAAUCUCACAUGGUGGUACAACGAUGGGGACACUGAUUUCUCUAUUGUGUUCUUGGGCGACACUUCGAACGCCGUCCACCCCGGCGACAUCGCCUACUUCUUUUUAGCAGGAAGCCUGAGCAUCUUCAAUGGCUUUUCAAUGGAAGUCCUGAAAAAGGCUUGGGGAGUAGGGGAAGAAAAAGCCAGAAAGCUACUUAAGAGCCAACCUGGGGUUUUACUCAUCAAACUUAAAGAAAGGCUGCAUGGCAUUAAGCCUUCUGAAGCUGAUGCUGAAGGGAUAGUACUAAAUAUCAACCAUGCACAUUUAGGCACCAGGCUAGAGAAAGGUGGCUAUGCUAUUGCAAUGAGAAGUGUUAAUUUACCCAUGCUAGGAGAAGUUAGGUUCUCGAUCAAUUUUACGAAUCUCGAACCCAAUGCCAUGCGCAUGCCGGGAUUCUUUUUCGAAGGAGCUGCUCAACUAAUAUAUGUGAUCAAAGGGAGUGCACAUGUUGAGAUUUCAGGCACUGAUGGUAAAGGUGUCUUAGAGACAGAGGUGAAGGAAGGGUACCUGUUUUUGGUGCCAAAGUUCUUCGCAGCAACGAUGAUUGCAGGUGAUGAAGGGAUGGAAUGGUUUUCAAUCAUCACAAGUCAGAAGCCUGAAUUCCGUCAGCUGACAGGGGCGACAUCACUUCUGAACACAUUAGCACCACAGGUCCUGGAAACUGCUUUCAAUGUGACUCCGGAUCUUGUGAAGCUUCUGGGGCCAAAGGAGAGCACAUAAGCUAUUGUUUUACCUCCAUAGCCUAAGAACAUCUUUCCGUUGUUAUUCUCGCACUAGUUAUGUAUCCUAGAUUGUAUCCCGUUUUUCUGUACUACAAUAAAAUUAUUCACCAGUAAUUCAAGAAAGCUUCAUGGAUUAUGUAUUAAG